AGGUCGAGCUUCAUCAAAAGAAGUAUAAAAAUGCAGAGUGAUUUAAGUUACGCUAGCGCUCCGAAAUUGAAACACUAUGUCUAUAAAACACAUAUGGAAAUGAUUCACCACUGGGCGCAUCUAUUUCCCGAUAAAGAGGCUUUUGUGGAAUAUGAUGAAAAUGGAAAAAGGGAUUUCAUAACUUGCCAACAGCUGCUAAUAAAGAGUCGGAGCUUCGGAUGGUAUGUAACCGGCCUUGGAAUUAAAAAAGGGGAUACCGUAGCUAUCUGCAUGAAAAACUCUUUAAAUAUGCUCGUUUCGUUGUUUGGUGUUCAGUUUGCUGGAGGUAUACCAAUAUCAAUCAUUCAAAGUAGAGCCGACGGAAGUGACGUAAUCAAUACUGUUCGCGACAACAAGUCGAAACUUUUGAUUAUGGACAUGAAAGAAGGGGACCAAAGCUGGGCGUUGCCAGAUAAUAUUCAAUUGUCUAGUGGAAUAGCUUCUCUCUCAAACAUAAUUUAUAACAAAAAAGCAGAAAUGAUUACCUAUAGCUUUAAGGAAAAUACAACUAACAUCAUGGAUUUUGUCACAAUACCGGAAGUACAAUUGCCAGACAUUUUUCCUGAAGAUUUGGCUAUCUACUUUACAACAUCAGGGAGCACUGGAAAACCUAAGCUUGUAGGUCAUAGUCAUUUUGGCCUGUUUAACAGUACUUUUCUAAUCAACGACUGUUUAGGAAUCGAUAGCCAGUCACGGUUUUUCUGCGACAGACCUUUUGGUUGGGGUGUAGGGUCACCAAGAACAUUUCUAGCUUCUGGUGCUACUCGAGUGUUUGUAGACAUGGCUUUGUCCUUGCAUCAAAACAACAUUGAUAUCCUGUCUAACAUCAUACACAAGGAAAGAUGUACACAUGUUUAUUUACCAGGCUACCUUUUAGCAGACCUUACUAACAGUUCUGGCAAUGAGACAAACUUUACAACUGUACAAGCUAUCAAAUUUGCCGGAGAAAGAUUCUCGAAGCAAUAUGCCAAACUGCUUGGACGAUUUUGUAAGAAACUUGUUAUAUGGUAUGGAUCUACAGAAGCGGCUGGUGUAUCCGCUUUCUCUUCACCAAAUGCUCACGACUAUGCUGAGGGAAUCAUUGGGAAACCUCUACCAGGGAUUGAAAUGAAACUUGUGGACGAACAGGGUCACGUGGUAGCCAUUGGAGAGAUCGGAGAGGUCCAUGCACGCAGUGUCUACAGAUUUAUAGAAUAUAAGAACAUGCACGAUAAGUUUCUUGAUACUGUUGAUGAAGCCAACUGGAUUUGCACAGGCGAUUUGGCAUACAUGCGAACAGAUGGUAAUCUUGUAAUGAUAGGUCGCAAAAAUGACUAUAUAUCUGUAGGUAGUGUGAAAAUUUUCCCUCAAGACUUAGAGGAAAUUUUAAACACUUGCCCGGAAAUAGACGCCGUCAUUGUCGUACCAGUUCCCGAUAAAAGACUAUAUCAAGCUAUAUGCGUUUGUGCCAUUUUAUCGGCGACUGUGUCAAUAGACACAAGUGAUUUAAAUAAACUGUUUGAUCAUCUCUGGGCAGACAAAAGUCACCUGAAACCUAGAUACUAUUUGGCUUUUAAAGAAUUUCCAAAGAAUUCUAGCGGGAAAAUCGAUCGAAAGGAAAUCGCUAGAGAGGCUUCUCUUAAACUUAACCUUUAACCUUAAAACAUACAACAGUGUACAAGUGAAAUUCCACCAGGUGGUUAGAAGAGAAUAUAUUUUUCUCUUUGCUGCAAUGAAGUGUCUUUAUCAAACGUAAACUGAAUCAAAACAUACAAGACAUUGUCUUAUUUUUUGUUUGUUAGUUUUGUUUGUUUUUUGUUUGUAUGCUUGUCAGUAUUGUUUGUAUGUAUGCUUGUAUGUUGAUUUGUUUGAACUUAAAUGAGAAUUGGUAUACUUCAAA